GGAAACGGUUGUGGUCUCAUCGCCACCGGAUGAUAAGCAAUCGUCUAUUUAAAAUUGAUCGGCACCAGGUCGAUUAUUAUUUAGUGUUCGCCUUCAUGCCACCACGGCUUAACAUUCACGUCCACAGUCACUUGUGUUGGCACUUGUACACACACAGUUAGUGCAUCGCGCAACAGUAACCACGCAUCGCUUUUUUCAAUAUUCAUUUCUUGUUUCGUCAGUUUGCAUUUUUGUUUCAUUAUUUUAAACAUUGUGAAAAAAUACACACUUGGCUGUGCAAUAUAUACAUACAUACGGGCAUAUUUUAAGAAAAUAGAAUUACAAUUAUAUGUAGCGCACGAAAAAGAACACUGAAAAGGAAUGCAAAAAGUGAAAAGUAUUUAAAUUUAGUAAAUCGCAACGAGCUGUGACUGCCAUAAGCAAAUAAAUGGUAAAAACAAAAUCAAACACAAUUCGAAAAUAGUAGCGCUAAAGAAAAGAAAGGCAUUUUUUAAAACGAAUUAAUCUAAAGUUUUGUGAAAAAGACAAAAAUCAAAUAUUACCAUUAAAAGAUAGAAUCAGCAUUUGCGCCGAGUGUUUGCCCACAUAUCCUACGCUAAGCGCUAUACACUAAAUAAGACGUGCGUGCACGAAUUACCCCAUACAUUGAAAAACAAGUUUGUGUGUGAGUUUAUACAUAUAUAUAUACAUAUGUAUGUGAAUGCAAUCGUACACUGUGACAAUCAAAAAGAAAGUGCCGUCUACAAUUUGAACAGUAGAACCCUUACUGCAUUUUCGGCUAGGCGCAUAUUGCUAACACGUUUACUGCACUCCUCAACGAUCGACCGACUGCCACCAUCCCGAAACUCACUAAAACAACCUCCACUGCGGCCGUUCAUGUAAACAGUUGAAUCUGCGUUAGGCAUCUGGAACGUUAGAGGCAACUCGACGACAAAACCAACAAAGAUAGCAACUAUCGUCCAAACAAAAACAACGAUAAAAACAGCGACGAUAACAGCAAAAGCACCAAUAGCCAUAAUAAUAACAAACACGACAGCAACGCCACCAAAGGCAAUUAAAAGAACUGUGCAUCAGCGGCACCGAUUAACUUUGUCGUAUUCAUUUAUUUAUUUAUUCAAUACACUGCAGAAUAAAUGGCAACACAAAGUUCCAGAGCACAUGACGAGGCCAAAGCUGUUGCUGAGCCAUUGAAUAGUAAAGAUGAAGAUUACGAAAUCGACGAAUCGACGGCAGCGGUGGUUGUACCACCUGACAGCGGAUGGGCAUGGGUUGUGAUGUGUGCAUCGUUUCUGUGCUGCACAGUUCUGGAUGGAAUCGUUUUUUGUUCCAGUUUUAUUACAGGGCAUUUAAUGAAGGAAUUUUCAGUGAGUGAUGGCUAUGCAGCAUUUGUGCCUUCCCUGCUCAGUGGCUUCUAUUUAAUCGCUGGACCAUUUGUAAGUGCCAUGGCCAAUCGCUUCGGUUUCCGGCCAGUAGCAAUAGCUGGUGCCCUGUUUGCGGCUGCUUGUUUUGGUAUCUCCUAUUUUGUUAAAAGCAUCGAGUUAUUAUUCAUCACGUACGGCAUACUUGCUGGUGUUGGAUUUUCCAUGGUCUACAUACCGGCUGUUGUCAUUAUAGGCUUCUAUUUUGAAAAGUGGCGCGCACUUGCAACCGGUGUUGCUAUGUGUGGAUCUGGUGUGGGCACUAUUAUAUUUGCCCCGUUGACUGAAUACUUGCUUGCCAAGUCGGGCUGGAGGGGAACAAUCGCAGUGCAGGGAUGCUUCAUAGCCUUUUGUGCCUUGUUUGCAUGCGCAUUUAGACCAAUUCAACCCAUUACAUUAGCUGUCAAUGAAGACUCUGACGAGGACAAAAAUGAGAAUGAGAAGCGCAAUGGUCAUGGUAAUACUGUGGCGCCUAAGCCCCAACUCCACCAAGCUGCUUUCACGAAACCACUGCCUGAAGGGCGUUUCGCCUACUCAAUGCCAAACUCAGCUCAUAACACAUAUAUGGGCGCAUCACCCAAGCAUCACUACCCCACAGCUGCCGAAGUAUUUCGUGGUGCUAAUAUUGAACGUCGUCUUUCAAAUUCAUCCGGUAAAGGCACUGAAUUGAAGGCACUGCGCAAAUCGCAACCUACCACUCCAAACGGCGAGCCGCACCCUCAACCACAACUUCAUUUCAAUAUUAAUAAAGAACUAACAACAGUUGGAGAAAAUGAAGAAGAAACCGAGAAUGAGAACUUGAUCGAAACCGAGUCAAAGGCAGUGGUAAUACAGGCACGUCGUCACACCGUAUCUGGGCGUAGACCAAACGAUAUUGUUGGUAAAAAAAGUGCAGUCGGAUCUCAAGAUACCGUACACAAUAUUCACACAAGACCAAUGUAUCGUGACGAUAUUUUCUUUACCGGCUCUUUGGCGCGCAUCCCACAAUACCAAUCACAAACUUCACUCGCCUACCAUAUGUCGGUGACACGUCUGCCCACCAAACAGGAUAUGCUUGAAGAUCGCCAGAAAGGAUGCCACCUCUGUCCCGAAGCUGUGCGCCGCACUUUAUCGACUAUGUUAGACACCUCCCUGCUCAAGUCGCCGUCCUUCAUGUGCUUGGCAGUCAGUGGUUUCCUAACUAUGAUGGGCUUUUUUGUACCUUUCAAGUAUUUACAAGCACGCGCUAAGGAAAGUGGAAUGGACGAGGCCUCAGCAACGGCUGUUGUAGCGGGCAUUGGUUUAGUGAACACCAUUGCUAGGUUAAUAUGUGGCAUGGUCAGUUCGAUUCCCAGCGUAAAGCCACUAUGGUUAAAUAAUGUAGCCAUCACCGCAGGCGGCCUGGCGACUAUCUUUAGUGGAGUGAAAAUAACUGUGCUAACCCAGUGGGUAUUUGCUGUGUUCUUUGGUGUUUGCAUUGCCUGCUUUUCGGCUUUGCGUUCGCUUAUCGCCGUAGAAAUGAUUGGUUUGGAGAAACUAACCAAUGCCUUCGGAUUCCUCAUGUUGUUUCAAGGAAUUGCGGCGACAUUCGGCACUCCUAUUGCAGGCGCACUUUAUGGGAUGACCAAAGACUAUAAUAUUGCCUUUUAUUUCUCUGGCGGACUAAUAUUAGUUUCGGCUUUCCUUUGUUACCCGUUGCCAUACAUUGCCAACUGGGAAAAGACGCGUAAUGAAAGAAAGGAGGCCCAAGCUCCGCCUAGAGCCUAACUACAUAAAAGUUUAUCUACAACUAAAUGAAUAUAAACAAUAAAAGCGUAAAACUUAAGACUUAAAUUUUCAAAUGUGUAAAAGUAUGUAUGUAUGUAUUUUUUAUAAGCAUACAUUUAUACAUGCCUACACAUACAUAUAUAAUAUAUAUGUAGGUAUGUACAUAUUGUCGUAUGAGUGACCGAGACGAAACUAAAGCUUCCUACCAGAAGUCAGGCAAAUAGCUUAAAUAAAUAAGUAAUAUUGUGAAGAUACGAGAGUGUAAUUAAAUAUUUUCUAAGAAGUGUAUUUGCAUAAGUGAAACAAAUUUAUUAUAUUUUAAUAGCAACGAGUACACUAAUUUUAACGUAACGAACAGAGUAACAUUAUACAUUUAUAAUUUAUUAAUUUGUUAAAUAUGAAUGAGCAAUUAAACUACAUAAUAAAAAAAAU